AAUUGGUGUAAUACGACCAAUUUACAAAAGUGGUAAACAAAAUGACGUAAACAAUUAUAGACCGAUUACCAUACUAUCAUGUAUCGACAAAAUUAUAGAAAGAUAUUUCGGCAAUCAAAUAAAUAAUUACAUACAAAAGAAUAAUAUAAUCAACAACAAUCAAUACGGAUUUCAAAAAAACCAGAGUACGACAAAACUAUUAUCUAAAUUUACAAAUGAAAUUAACGAACACCUUAACAACAAAAAACAUGUACUUACCACUUACAUAGAUUUCAGUAAAGCAUUUGACACAUUAAGACACGUAACACUUUAUAAUAAAUUAGAACAAAACGGCAUCUCCGGACCAUUACUCAACUGCUUAAAAAAUUACCAUAACAGUAGGCAAACGGUAGUAAAAAUUUCUGAUACGCUUAGUAACUGUAUACCUACAGAAGAGGGAACGGCCCAAGGAUCCAUUAUAGCCCCUUUGGAGUAUUUAUUUUAUGUAAAUGAUAUGUGCAACGUUAUUAAAGAAGGGUCAGUUUAUCAGUUUGCCGAUGAUACAUGCCUCAUCACAGCUCAUAGGGACAUAAAGGUAGCAGAAAGACACAUGCAACAAAACUUUGAUCUAAUUUGCAAAUGGGCACACGAUGUGGGGCUGGUGAUAAACAGUAACAAAACUAAACUCAUUCACAUAAGGUCCUCGCACAAUACAGCCGACUAUUCAAUAAAAGUUAUAACUCAUGAACACGAUUGCUUCCAUAAUAAACACCAAAAUUGCAGCUGUAAAGCGCUAGAAAUAGUACAGCAACACAAAUAUUUAGGACUUAUUAUUGACGAGCGUUUUAACUGGGGGCCACACAUACAACACGUAUGUCAUAAACUGAGGGCUAUACAAAGCAAGCUUGCAAUAUUAAAAUAUAAAGUUCCGUAUAAAAUCUUACGACUAAUAUACCUAUCUAUGGCCGAUUCAAUCAUUGGAUACGGAUUAUCCAGUUACGGAAAAACUUAUAAAACGUAUUUAGAUUAUAUUUACAAACUACAAAUUAGUAUUCUAAAAAUCAUAGUUCCCAAAAAAGUUAAAUUAGAAUGCAAAAAGAAUAACGAUUAUAACGACCUAUUUAAUUAUUGUAAAAUACUCUCAAUUUUUGAUAAAACUAAAUUACAUACACUAAUCGAGGAAAACCAAAAUAAAAGUAAACUUAAUAAGAAAAAGCGACCAGAUGGAUUGCGUAACAUACUGUAUCAAAAAUCAUUCAACUUGCCUAAGGUCAAUAAUGUGUAUGGUCAAAGAACAUGGAUGUACUACUUGCCUAACGUGCUAAACGAACUGCCAUUGGAGAUGCAGAACAUAUUUGUGACUACUGAUAAGUUUAGCAGUAAGAUAAAAAACCAUUUCAUAGAUAGUUAUAAGCGUACUACAUAACUUUAUUUACUUUUUUUUCAUUGUUCAUGUUAAGUAGGUAUACAUAUUGUGUCUGCUUAAAUAGUUUUAUAUAAAAAUAAGUGAGCACUGACAGCGACAGAUAAACCAUGUCAGGUUUUCGUUCGCUGUAAAAUGUAUAAACCUAAGUUUUUCAAUUAAAUAAAAAAUGCUUU